AUGUCCCCUGCUACAGUCAUCUCGAGCUCCCCAACUACCCUGGAGUCUUUCCCUCAUAUUCACGAUGACCCUUCUACCAUUCCCCAUUCCUUGGAUCCUUUCACGAUUACAACUUCUACUGGCUUCCUACCUUACCUUACAUCCCCAACUACCCUCCCUGAUGCCUUCAAGCCCUUGAUGUCUCUGCUUGAUCGUCUCCCUGUAGUCAAGCAUGACGGGAGCCCAGGGCUACUGGCCACAUAUGAGCUGGGUCCAGCUGUCGAGCAGGAGCUCCCUGACUUGACUGAUGAGGUUGAUAAACUGGUUACUGCCGAUGGCAAACUUGACCUCUACACCAUUAUGGCUGUCUUCCGGGACUACUCGUUCCUUGCCUCCUCUUACCUCCUCGAGCCAUGCUGGAAAAACUGGCGUACGAAUCCUGAGAACGGCUACGGCCUUGGCCGCGAUGUCUUGCCCAAGGCUGUGGCCAGGCCGCUGUAUCGCUGCGGACAAAUCUUGGAUAUUCCUCCGUUUAUGUCCUAUGCGGCAUCUUAUGCCCUGUUCAACUACACCCUUGAUGAUCCGUCCAAGGGCUUAGUCUAUUCCAACCUUCGUCUAGUCCGCGCAUUCGAACGUGGCCUUGACCCUCGCAGCUCAGAGGCUGGCUUCAUACUUACUCACAUCGACAUGGUGAAAGACACACCUGGUCUCAUCAGUGCUUUCCUCUUCGUUAUGGAUGAAUAUGGGGCUCACAGAUGGCGUUCAGACAUGUGGGCCAAUUCCAAGCCCUCGGAUUACCUUUCUUUUCGCGUCUUUAUUUUCGGCAUAACCUCGCAGUCCAUGUUCCCUAACGGCGUUAUAUACGACGGAGUUGAGGACAACAAGCCCCUUUACUUUCGUGGCGAGAGUGGUGCCAAUGAUAGCAUAAUACAGAUUCCGCUCCUGGACCACCUCCUGCAAAUUCCCAUGCCUCAGACUCCGCUCACGGAGAUCCUUCAUGAGUUUCGCUCCUAUCGGCCCCUUCCACACAGAACAUUUCUCGCCCAUAUCCGCAACAAGGCAGAGGAGCUAGACGUCCGUGAUUUCGCAGUCGAGGAUACCGAGACUGCCAUACUGUUUCUGCGGACACUUAAUCACGUGCGUAGCUUCCGGUGGAGGCACUGGCUGUUCGCAAGGGAGUAUAUCAUUCGUAGGACGCCGCAUCCUACUGCUACUGGAGGGAGUCCGAUCGUCACCUGGCUUCCGAAUCAGCUGUCUGCGGUUAUGGAUCUGAUGAUUUCCAUCUACGAGAGUGUGCUCGCGCCCUUGAAAGCUCAGGGUACACAAGGAUAUAAUGGCUCUUGUCAAAAACUUGUCGAGCCUAUGAUGGAGUUGGUAAGGGAUCAAAAGGAGAAGCUGACGAAGGAGGUUGAGAAAUGGUGCAAAGAGAGGGGUGUUUGA